AAAGCACUCAGAGGGAUUUAUAUCACCUCUUAGUGAGUUUGCCUGCUCUGGAUCUCUCUGUCUCAUCCUGUUCUUUCUCUGUCUGAUCCUUACCCCUUCAUAGUAAACAGCAGCAAUGUCUUCAGUCAAAACCACUUCUUACACCAUCAGCGGUGGAAGCAUGAGUGGCGGCGGCAUGGGUGGAGGCAUGGGUGGAGGCAUGAAGAAGACCUUCUCUAGCAUGUCUGCCAGCGCAGCACCCAUGGGCAGCAGAAUGAGCUCUGUGUCAUUCCGUCGCUCCGGUGGUGGUGGUGGAUCUGGAGCAGGCUUCGGCUACAGCAUGGGCGGCGGUGGCUAUGGAGGAGGACUCGGAGGAGGUUACGGAGGAGGUUUCAGCAGUGGUGGAGGAUUCGGCAGUGGUGGAGGAUUCGGCAGUGGUGGAGGAUACGGUGGUGGUGCAGGAUACGGCGGUGGUGCAGGAUUCGGCGGUGGUGCAGGUUUCGGCGGCGGUGGUGCAGGAUUUGGUGGAGGAUUCCCUGGUGGUGUGGUACCCAUCACAGCUGUCACAGUCAACCAGAGCCUCCUAGCCCCACUGAACCUAGAAAUCGACCCCAACAUCCAAGUUGUCCGCACCCAGGAGAAAGAGCAGAUAAAGACCCUCAACAACCGCUUCGCUUCUUUCAUUGACAAGGUGCGUUUCCUGGAACAGCAGAACAAAGUACUUGAGACAAAAUGGAGUUUACUGCAGGACCAGACCACCACCCGCUCCAACAUCGACGCCAUGUUCGAGGCCUACAUUGCCAACCUGCGCAGACAGCUUGACGGACUUGGUAAUGAGAAGAUGAAGCUAGAUGGAGAGCUGAAGAACAUGCAGAACUUGGUAGAGGACUUCAAGAACAAAUAUGAAGAUGAAAUCAACAAGCGUGCCUCAGUGGAAAAUGAAUUUGUCCUGCUCAAGAAGGAUGUUGAUGCCGCAUACAUGAACAAGGUUGAGCUUGAGGCCAAGCUUGAUUCUCUUCAAGAUGAAAUCAACUUCCUCAGGGCCAUCUUUGAGGAGGAGCUGCGUGAACUCCAGUCACAGAUUAAAGACACAUCAGUCAUUGUUGAAAUGGACAACAGUCGCAACCUGGACAUGGAUUCCAUCGUUGCUGAGGUCCGUGCUCAGUAUGAGGACAUCGCCAACCGCAGCCGCGCUGAGGCCGAGUCGUGGUACAAACAGAAGUUCGAGGAGAUGCAGUCAUCUGCCGGCAAAUACGGGGAUGACCUUCGCAACACCAAGCAGGAGAUUGCUGAGCUCAACCGCAUGAUCAGCAGACUUCAGAAUGAAAUCGAAGCUGUCAAGGGACAACGUGCCAACCUGGAAUCUCAGAUCGCUGAGGCUGAGGAGCGUGGAGAACUGGCAGUGAAGGAUGCCAAGCUCCGCAUUAAGGACCUGGAAGAAGCCCUGCAAAGAGCAAAGCAGGAUAUGGCGCGCCAGGUGCGUGAGUACCAGGAGCUCAUGAAUGUCAAACUGGCCUUGGACAUUGAGAUCGCCACCUACAGGAAACUUCUGGAAGGAGAGGAGAGCAGGAUUGCUUCUGGUGGUGGCUCCGCAACCGUCCACAUCCAGCAGACAAGCAGCAGUGCCAGCGGUGGCGGCGGCGGUGGCUUCGGAUUCGGUGGUGGAGCCGGAUAUGGUGGUGGUUCUGGAUUCGGUGGUGGAUCCGGAUUCGGUGGUGGUUCUGGAUUCAGUGGUGGAUCCGGAUUCGGUGGUGGCAGUGGCUUCAGCAGUGGCAGCGGCUAUGGCUAUGGUGGUGGCUCAAGGAUGUCCAUUGGUGGCGGCGGCGGCGGCAGCCAAAUGUCCAUUUCCCGCUCUGUGGUUCAGAGCCAGCAGCGCCACAAGUAAACCAACAAUGUCCAGCCAGUUCCCCGCUCCCAAAUUUCACCUACCAUCCAGGCAACUCCUAUCUUUUUCACACUUCAAUGCUUCAUACCUUUUUGAUGUGUUUAAUCCCCAAAAACCACGGUGACCCAAAGAGACUCUCAUGUCAAAGUGUUAUAUCAGAAUGGCUUUUCACGCUCACGGUGUUGUCUUUGAUAUUUGUUUUUUCCUCUUUGCAUCGCUCCUCAUGCAGAGUACAAAUUGUCCUUAAGGGGAUACACAAUGAUAAAGGAGCUAAAGACAGACAAAGCAUGGAGCUCAAGUACUUCUUCAGAGUGAAUAGCUUUUGUUGCUCUAUGUAACAACAUGCAAGCAUUAAAGAGAAAAUGAAUGAUUUUUUCAGCUGACUCAGAAUUCUGCAUCACUACAAACAGCAUUUUAAUGCUUCUGCUGCAUACUCAUAGUGCAACAAACGCUACUCAACUGAGAUUGUACUGCCCUCAGAAGGGGGUAACUGUGAGUCAAUCUCAGUUAUUACCCAACUUUUACUCUUUCCUUUUCCUGAUUUUGGAUGAUGGGCUGAUGAGCUGUUCUUAUGUCAAAACUGUUGUAUCAUCGAGCCAUGUAUCACAUGGAAAAACCAAUAAAUCAGGGUUACAUAAAA